AAAUCAUAAUUGAUACUGCUGGGUUGUAAACUGCCCAAGCAAAAAUAUGAGGAAAAUUGGAGGAACAGCACCUCACAUUUUGCUUGGGCAGUUUACAACCCAUCUACGAUUCUCAAUUUUGUAAUCAGUUUCUCAAUCAGGUAUCCCCUUGGCCUUCUCAACUUCAAGGAAAAUUCACAGUCUAUCUGCCUCUCCUCAUAACUGAAAGACUCCCACCCAGGUAUUAGCAUCCUCUCCAGUGCUAUCACAUGCUUCCGACAGUGAGCAGAGUAAAACUGUUUGCUGUACUUGAGCUGUGGCCUAGCCAGUUUUGGUUGUAUCGUCAUCUUGCCUUUAUAAAUGAUGGUAAGUAUCCCACAAGCUUUAUUAGCCACCUUAUCUGCCCAUGAUACCACCUUUGGAGAUACUUGUAUUGCUCAAUGCUCCUUAGGGCCUUAUUAUUUACUGUGUAUGUCCCAGCCUUAUCAGUCCUCUCAAAGACUUAUCAAUUCACACUUAUCAGGCUUAAAUUCCAUCUACCUUUGCUCUACUAGCAGAGCUGAUGAAUGUUAUACAGAGGUGAAGUAUUAUAGGUUAUAUAGAAUGUAUAUAGAAGAAACACGUUACUUCUUAAUUUUACCAAUAUGUUUAAAACAUUUAGUAAAGCUCGCAAAUGUCAGCUAUUUUUAUGUGAUCAGACUUCAAGGCACACAAACAAGUUGCUUUUUAUUUAUUAUUUUGCUUUAGCUAAGAACACCAUAGUAGACUCAGAGAUUAAAGUUAAAGGGCAAGGACAGUGAGAGAUUAAGGAUGUUUCGCCGUUCAAGACUCAGUGUAAGGCCCAAUGUGAAGCCUGGUGGAAGAAGUUCAUCACAAGCCUUGAAGGGGGAUGAUAAGACUCGCACUUCAGACCAGCAACUAAAUUCAGAAGGAAAAUCUUCCAAUGAAAAAGAUGAUUCUGGACUUCCAGCUGCUUCGGAGUCUUUCUCACCAACACCACUGCCUAAUCCAGGUGUUGCACAAGAAGAGAGAGACGACCCAGAUGAACAGCAGGAAAAUGUUCCACUUAACAAGAAUGAGAAGAAUGAUAAGACUGGUGUGUGUGCAACACAGGGUAAAUCACCCGUGCCACCUUUGCAAAGAAGGAAGCGCUUCUCCACCAUGUUGAAUUUGGCCAAACCAAGAGCCACAUCUUUGUCUGCACAGCAGUCGGCCAAUCUAACAGCAAAAUCUCCUCAACAACAAAAUCUAUUAGCUCCUGUCACCAAUGUGUCAUCCAUUCAAGAUAGUUCUGCUCCGUCCACCACUGAGAAAGCACUUCCCAAAUCUCCAGAGAAACGAAAACCCUCUUCAGGCCAACAUAUCAAAUUGCCAGAAAAGAAAACUCCAAUUCCUCAAGUACCACAGUUCUCCCCUGUUAAAAACCAUGUGCACAAAGAUUCAGCUGUAGGAACUAGUUCUCCCCGAGUGCCAGUGACGCGGAAGACAUUGUCUUCGCCACUUAAGGAGAGGAUUACGCCCAGCAGCACACCAACAAAAGGAAUCGUCACGUCUCCCAGUGUCUCGCCUGCACGCCCAAAGUCUGCAAAAGUCCCAGAUGACCUUGAAAGACUCAGGAAAGCACGGAAAUUACGAGAAAUGUUGAAAGAGGAGAUGAAGAAAGAGAAGAAAGCUCACAAAGAAAUGAUUCCAUUUUGGGAAACUAAUCACCCACCAGAACGUACUAAAAUGACCAUGAGAGACUUCAUAUACUAUCUGCCUGACACUAAUCCAAUGCUAUCUUCAUUCGAAGAAGAAAAAAGACCAUCUUUCCCAGUUCUAAAUAAAGAGCCAGAAGUGGGAAGUGCCAAUGCCCCAGCUAAUGAGGAUGAAGAUGAAGAUGAAGAUGAAGAAUCCGAUGAUGCUGUUCUGGGUCCACGAGUCAAAGUAGCUGAAGAUGGCUCUAUUAUUAUUGAUGAAGAAAGCUUAACGGUCGAGGUUUUAAGGAUGAAGAAAUCUAAUAUUGUUGAAGAAAAUGAUCCCAUUUUUGAACGUGGCUCUCAGACUACCUAUUCCAGCUUUAGAAAGAGCACCCAUACAAAGUCAUGGUCUGAUAAAGAAACUGACAUGUUCUUUCUGGCAAUAAGUAUGGUUGGGACAGAUUUCUCUAUGAUUGGUCAGUUGUUCCCAAACAGAUCAAGGAUCGAAAUAAAGAAUAAAUUUAAACGGGAAGAAAAAUUGAAUUCAUGGAGGAUAGACAAAGCAUUUAAAGAGAAGAAACCACUUGAUCUGGGUUUUUUUGGAGAGCUUUUAUCUCGGGUUUUGGAAGCAGAGGCAAAGAGAAAGAGAGAAAGGAAUGGAGGAGAUAAAAGUCAAGCUCCAAGAAAAUCAACUAACAAACGGAGCAGGAAAAGCAAGAUAUUGAAAGAGUCCGAAAGUGAUCCUGAUGACCCUGAUUCAGUUGAAGAUACUGAUCACGAAUUAGCAGAGGAUGAGUCUAAUGGCAUAGCAGAAGGAACUGAAGCAUCCUGCAGUCUGGAAGGUGCACAGAAUGGAGACUCCAUAUCAAAAGCCUAUUCGAUCAAACACAAGCGAAAACGAAAGAUGAAAGAUGCUGCAGAACAAUCAGAGGAAGAAAUUGUUACUGAACAACCAGAGAAAGAUGAUGACAUUGAAAAAUCAGAAUGUAAAGUACAUCAGCACAAUAAAGGAGACAGGGAAGAUUCAGUUUCAGUUUCAAUUAUAGAAGAUGAAGAUGAAGACAAUAAUGUGACCAAUGGUGAAACAUUGUCUGACCUAGAGACAUCUGAAAGCAAACAGUCAUCGCAUGUCAGGAGAAAGGAGAAACCCAAGGAAGAAGAUAAUUUAUUAAGUGGAUGUGAAGAGGAAACACUGUCAGGAACAACAACCCCAGUCACAAGAGGAAAUUCUAACAAAUCUCAGCUUGCUCGGCGCCAGAAAGCUAAGCCCAACUUAAAACUGAUUGGGAGGAAAAAAGCAGGAGGAAAGCAAGAUAUAACAACUGAUGAAAAACCCAGUGCAUCUUACGAUAAUGGGUUGGAAUCUGGGGCCGUUGAGGAGAAGGAAUCCGGGCAGGAUGAGGAGAAGGAAUCCCGGCCCAUCGAGGAAAAGGAAUUCCAGCCCAUCAAAGAGGAGGAAUCUGGGUCCAUCAAGGAAAUGGAAUCUGCGUCUGUCAAGGAGAUGAAAUCCAGGCGUGUCGAGGAGAGGGAACCUGGGCGCAUUGUGGAGAAGGAUUCCCGGCCCAUUGAGGAGAAGGGAUUUGAGCCCAUCGAGGAGAAAGGAUUUGAGCCCAUCGAGGAGAAGGGAUUUGAGCCCAUCAAGGAGAAGGGAUUUGGGCCCAUCGAGGAGAAGGAAUCCGAGGUCAUUGAGGAAAAGGAAACUGGGCCCUUCGAAGAGAAGGGAUCUGGGGCUGUUGAAGAUAUGGAAUUUGGUCCCGUCGAGGAGAUGGCAUCCGGGGCCAUUGAGGGGAAGGAAUCCCCACCCAUUGAGAUGGGAUCAGGACCUGUCGAGGAGAGAGAAUCUGGGCCUGUUGUGAAGAAGGAUUUCAGACCCGUCGAGGAAAAGAAAUCUGGCGUCAUUGAGGAGAAAGAAAGCGGGCCCUUCGAGGUGAAGGGAUCUGAGGCUGUCGAGGGGAAGGAAUCCCAACCCAUUGAGGGGAAGUUAUAUGGGGCUGUCAAGGAGAUAGAAUCAUGGCCUGUUGAGGGGAAGGAAUCCCUAGCCGUUGAGGAGAAGGGACCCGGGCCUGUCGAGGCAAUGGCAACUGGGUCCGUUGAGGGGAAGGAAUAUGGGGCUGUUGAGGAGAAGGUAUCCGGGGUCAUCGAGGAGAAGGAGACCAGGCACUUCGAGGCAAUGGGAUCUGCAGCUGUCGAGGAGAAGGGAUCACCGCUGCAGGAUCAUGACACUGGUCUGGAAGAACCAUCUGAGAUUAAGAAUGUCAGCAGUGCAUUGAUGUCUGAAACAACAGAAGCUGAUAAAGCUGAAGAGAUAACAUCAAGCAAAGUACAAGAUUCUGACACUGAGCCAUGGGCUGUAGAGAAACGAGAGGAACCCAGAAAUAAACCAUGUCGACCUGUAAGGAGUCGUUUCCAGAAGCCCAAGCCAAAUUUAGGGAGAGCGAUGGUAAAGAAAAAUGUGUCAAUGCAAGAAAAAAAAGUUGCUGCAGCGCCAGAAAAUAAUAGUGCAAUUCAAGACGUUGUUGGGCUCAGUCCAGAUACCUCUAUUAAUAAAGCAAGUGAAGCUCACCAGCACUCUGCAAGCAAUGCUUGUUUUGUAAUGGGUGCAAGAAAUUUGGAUGACAUUCCAACGCAGCAAGAUGCAGUCCAGAAUCGAUCAGGAGGAACCAAUGCAUCAGCAGUCUCAUCAUCUCUGAUAUCUCCAGAUGCUGCAUCCUCGGAUUCAGCUGCAGAGCCAUCAAGAAGAAGCACGUGGGAUUCUAACAAACUACUGCAACCCGAAAGGACAUCCGAGUACCACGAACAGAAUGAGGAAGAGGAGAUAACGCUGGCUGCCAUUCAGGAAAAUAUUAUGAGCAAACCAACUAGAUCUGGAAGACAGCCCAAGCCCACAUCAUUUUAUACUCCUUCAGCACAUUAUCAGCCACCAGCUAUUUCAACAUUAUUAUCUGAGGGAGAAAAGGAGGGCAAGGUCAGAAGUAGACCUGUUCGAUCUCACAAAGCUAAACCCAAAGUCAGCAAAGUCUUGGGCAAGAAGGAGGCUCAGACUAAAAAUACCGGGAAAGGUCAAGGAACACCAAAGAUGACACUUGUGACCCUGAGGGCAUCCCAAGAAGCUGAUGAUGAUGAAGAAUCGGAUAUAGAAGAGGAAGAUGACAUCUACCCCAUCAAUCCUGAGGAGGUCAACAAAGCUCCAGCGUUUGUGCCAAUUAGUCUUCGAUCUCCUGAACCUGUUCAAGCCCAAGUGGAGGAAACUAUGGAAGAGCUUGAAAUAGCAAUUAAUGUCCCAGACAAGAACUAUACUAGUGAUGCUGAACAUUCACUUCUUGAGUUACAUGAUAAAUGUGAACCCAGUCAGUCAUGCACCUUUAUUCCAGAGGAAGAUUACCACCCAACAACUGCUGAGCAGAUUGAACAUUUUGUUGAAGUUAUUGAAGUUCCAAGAGAUGAUCCAAUUCAAGAAGAGGAUCACCGCAUGGCCGAGCUUGGCGAUGGUUUAAGGGACGCUGCAUAUACAGAUGUAAACUGUGUAGAUCAGAAGACUUCUGAAGAAGAAUCUGUCCUUGGUAGUGAUGUUCUUUCCUUGCAGAUUGUGACGUCCGGUACUCACAGUGUGAACGAUGAAUCAAGUAUUGAUUCUAGCAGACCAUGUGCUCCUCCAGAUGAAGAUCUGAUGAGUGAACUGGACUUGCAAAAGCCUCCUCUUCCAGAAGAAGAUUCUACCAAAGUUCUUUCUAGCUCUUCAGUCACUGAGGUAUCAGAUGGUGCAGAGAGGAACAUUGCCAGGAGAAGGUGCAGAUUUCCAAAACCUAAACCUAACCUCGGUAAAUCCACUUCCAGAAGUCAUGUAAUAAAGCCUUAUCAUACCACAGAGAAUGAAGAAAUGAAAAGCUCUGCUGGAUCGGCGUUGGAAGGGGAAAAACAGGGUAAUAAAGCAGAACUGAAACCUGAUGACUCCUUGCCAAUUCUAUUGGUGACAAUAGAAGGCAGUGAAGAAAAUGUAACCAUUAAACAGAUUCCAGCCGGACAACCAAAUAGUAAGAUAUUGGUACCUGAUGAUCAAGACAGAUGUAUGGGUGAAGAGGGAGUGAGCAAAACUUGGCAUUUGGACUCUGAGACCAAGCAUCUGGAUGAAAGGUUACAGAUUUUAACAUCUCAUGGACAAGACAACUGUGCUGGAGAAGAACAGAAGAUGAAUAGAAGUGAGCAUCUGGAAAGUGGAUCUGAGCACUCGAAUGAGCAGUUGAACUUAUCUGAUGAACAAGACGGUGUGGGAGAAAAAGAGAGACUAAAUAGAACUGAACACACAGAAAGUGGAUCCGAGCAUCUGACUGAAAAGUUAAGUUUGUUAUUAUUUGAGAAGAAGGACAAACAUGUGACAGACGACGAACAAAUGAGUAAAACUGAGCAUUUGGGCAAUAAAGUCCAUGAUCCCAGUGAAGAGCUACAAGCUUCUGAUGAACAAGAUGAGUGUGUUGGAGAUGAGGUGGAAAUGAAUCCCACUGAGCAUCGAAAUGAUGUCAGUGGGCAACCGUGUGAAAGGUUGUCUCCAGCAGAUAUUCAACAAUACACAACAAUUCGAAGUCAGGAUGUUCAACCAGGAAUUUCCACAGAAACAUACUUCACACAAUCUACAUUGACUUUAUGUCAAGCUGCUGAUCCAAUUCUGUCUGUUGAGGCAACAGAAACAAUUCCAGAAGCUCAGUGUUCGAGUUACUCACCAAAGAUUGGUAACAAAGAAUCUCAAAACGUGGAAUACCAGGAAACGCUGAAAACACGCAAAGAAAACUUUGAGAACCUAUUGACAGAUGAAAACACAAAAGAAGAGACAAUCAUAUUAACCUUGUUUGAGAUUCCAGCCUCUUCUUUAACAGAAUAUGGUGAAUCUUUAGCUCCCUACAUCCCGGUUUCAGAAAACACCUUGAGUUAUGUUGAGCCAUGUCCACCUCUAACAACAGAAAACAUCAAAUUUACUGUGAGCCCUGAUCUAUCAGUAGAGGCACCGACUGUAUCCAGUAUGCCCGAAUCAGUGUCAAUUCUAGACAGUAACGUCCAACAAUGGAGUUCAAAUAUGCUAAGCUUGAACAUGGGACAAAUGAAUAGAAAAAGGAAAGCUGACAAUUUAAGUGAUGAUCAAAAUGAUUCUGUCACAAAGAGCCCAGAGAUUACAUCAAGUUAUGAGGACCCCAAUGAAAAUGUUCCACAGACUGAAAAAAUAAUUCAAUCACAUUUGGCGAACUUUUCAUCACCUAAGGUUUGCCCAGAACCGUCAGCAACAAACACAUUAAGUGGUGAUGAUAUUACUCAAAUGGGUGUUCCACCACAAUCUGCUGAUGAUUUUUCAUCCGCUCCUUUGGAAGAAGUGCUCAAUCUGGCUCAUGUUGAAAGAUCAGCUCAGACCCCUUCUGAACCUGAAGAAGUGAGGAAAUCUUCACAGAUAAGGAGAGGUAAACUCGCUGUGGAACCCAACAUUUCAACAAGGAGAGCUGCAAGCACUUCUGAGACUGAUCUUUCAGAUAUAAAUUAUAAUACUCUGAACAUUUCAGACGCAACAAAAAAUGCACCGUCACUUCUGCCUCCUGAAGAAAGUGUACAAACUGACGCAAGAUGUAAUGCAUCAGUAGAUGUGGAUUCCAUGCAACAGGAGCUGGGUGCUGAUGACGAUUACAAAUGUGAAAAUGAAGCUCAAGAUGCUGCAGAGACGGCAACGGCAACUGCCGCAGUAUUGGCUUGUUACUCUCCAGAGAUUUCAACGGCAGUUAUUGAUGAGGGCAUUCUAACAGGGCAAUCAGACACAAUUACACAAAGUACAGGUUCUACCUCUAGUACAACGCUAAAAAGACCAGUUCGCAAACCUCGAGGCUUUUUAUCCUUCAUAUCAAAAAAGUCCUCUGAAGGUGAAAGUGAGGUGAAAUCCAAAAGGACGAAAUUUCAGAAACCAUGUAUAAAUCUCCCCCAGUUUUCUGGGAAAAGGCCAAUCCCAACUGCAGCAGAUUCUGAAGAAAUGAAACCAAGUGGUUCUCCACCUGCAAAAAGGCAGUCUUGUGAAAAGGAAGAUGGGAGUCAACCCAACACCACAAGUCCCCCAACUAAAGUGACGGGUAACUCAUCGUUACAGAGUUGGCAGUCUGAAUCUUAUACGGAGGAGGCCUGUUGUGCAGCAGAACAGGACACAGAACAGAUGCCACCAACGAGAGUUGCAGAAUAUUUCUUCAGUGACAUUUUCACAGAAGUGGAGGAACAAGAAUGAAGAAGGGAUGUAUGUGAAGCUACAAAUGUAAUCGGUAUGGGUACAUCCCAGAAUAAUGUGAUUAGGUUCUUGACCUAAUCACUGCAUUGGGGUCAUGUGAUGUAUGAAUCUGAACAGACCUUAUUUGCUUUUACUUGCACUACGAUCUCCUAUUAAUGUACUUCAGUUGUGAUUGCAAUGGGGAUUCAAAAUUUUGGCCGACUUCUUCACUAAAGUCAGAAAAGUAGCCUUUCUUGAAAGGAUAUAUCAAGAUUUUGCAGGGUGAUUUAUUGUAACAACGGUUUUGUUAUACAUGAAAAAUAACUGCUAUUUACUAUUCUUUCAAUAUAUUAUAAAUUCAUCCAGUAGAAUGAUAUUUUUAUUCUGCAGUUGUGUAUGAUAUUUAAGGAUCUUGCAUUCUCUGAAUGUGAAUAAUGCCUUUUUUGUAACAUAUAAGCUUGACCAGUCGAAAUACACACUUGAACAAUGGCAACUUGAUUUACCUUUAAAGUGAUGUAAAUGUUAUUACAGAAAAGGGCAUACAAGAGGUGUGCUUACUCAUAUUUCUGUUUAUUGUAUGAACUCAUUCUGAUAUUGACUUUCAAUGAACAAAACGUGUAUGACGUCAAUGUAUUGCACUUUAACAUCCAAGUAAUUAAUCAGGAUCACUUUAAAUUAGGGAAUCUAGAAUCCAUGAAUGUAUGAGUUAUAUAUAUUUGCCAAUGCAGUUACUCACCUGAGAAAAAUGAUUUAAAUGUAGUAUUUCUUGGUUAUAGUAAAUGGAAAAUCAUCAUAUUAAAGCAAUAAAUAGUGGAACCAAACCAAAAAACAUGAUACAGAGAAAAGCAAUGAAUGCACAGAGUCUAAUUGAAAAGGUCAAAUUGUAUUAUUGAAAUAAUUCAUUGACAUCUAAGUUGUAAGAUAAAAGGGCAUAGUAUGUUUUUGGAUUUUGAAUGCAGAUAUUAUUGAGAGAAGUGGAAUAGGAACUAGUUACAUUUGUGCACAAAUUAUUACAAAAGUAGUUGACUGUUAUGGUUUGUUUUCAACAAUUUGGAUGCAUGUCAGAACAAUGCCUUGUGAUGAAUUCGUAAGUCUGUCUCCAUUUACAACUUUGUUGUAAUCGUGAGGAUCGCACAAAUUUGAUGAGUUUCUCUGAUACUGAGGACUGUUUUUAUCACUCAUUUGUUCUUUGAAGAAUGUGCCUUAUUCAUCUCACACACUCAUGGGGCUGAUGGUGACAUUCCUUUUAAAUAACUAAUCAAAAGUAAAUAUUUGCAAGUUUGGAUGUGAGCCUGUCGGGCUAAUAUCAACAUUUACUAUGAUUGAUUUAAGUUUAAAGUUGCGAUGGACUGAGAUUUGUUUGCAUGUCAUACAUGUCAAUAAUGAGAGACAAAAUUAUUUUUUGUAAAAUUACCUGCACUUGUGUUUUUGAUCUUGAAUAUAUUUGCAUAUUUCAGAACAAAUUUUAGUUUUGGGCAAAUUGACCUUUUUAAGCUCCUUCCCAAGAUGUGUUUUAAAACAAGCUAUUAACUAUGUUCCUUUAGUUAACAUUAUGGAAAUGUGAUAUGCUGUUAAUCAGACUGUCUUUCAAUAUGGGACAUAAUCACAUUUGCAGAUAAUUUACCUCAUUUUUUUGUAUUUGGAAUAUUAUUUAAUAUUAUUCUACUCAGGAGACUUUGAUAUUUUUGAUGACAAACAUUGGAAAAAAAUUGAGAGAGAGGAGAGAUUUCGAAUGAAUUAAAAUGUGAACUUGUUAUGUUGUUAACUGACUUGGCUGUGGUCUAUGUAAAAACGACGAACUGCAGAUGCUGGUUCACAAGAAAAAUGACAAAGUGCUGGAGUAACAUAGUAGGUCAGACAGCAUCUGUGGAGAAAAUGGAUAGGUGAUGUUUCGGAUCGGAACCCUUCAGACUCGCAUUUUGGGUCGAGACCCUUUAUGAGACAGGAGAAGGGUCCCGACUCUAAACGUCACCUAUCCAUAUUCUCCACAGUUGCUGCUUGAGUUAUUCCAGCCCUUUGUGUCUUUUUUUGCAGCGGUGGUCUAUGUUGUGGUAUGUUAAUAUUUGGAAGAGACUACUUGCAGAUAUUAUCAAAAUGUUCAGAGGGUGAUCAGCACAUCGACAGGUCGUAUCACUGUCUGGUUCAGCAACUCAAUCGCCCAGGAACAAAGGAGAUUACAAAAGUAGUAGAAAUUGCCUAGUCCACCACAGGUACUGACCUGCCCACCUCCUUAAAGAUCUAGAGGAGACACUGCUUCUAAAAGGCAGACAACAUAAUCAAGAUUCCACACCAUCCUGGCCACGCUCUCAUUUCACUCCUGCCUCUCGGUGUCCCAGUGACUUCCCGGUUCAAAUAUGGCUAUGAACCAUCGUGGCUGCACCAAAACCUUCAAGUUUGAUAUUUUGGUUAAUUAUGUUAUCUACGAGUGAUGUAUUUACUUGCCGUUUACGCUGCUGUACGCAAUUAAUAAAUUGUUCCAUUGUCAUUACAAGAUCCAAGCCCAGUCAUAUGUCAGAUAUAUGACAAUGAAACACCAUUAACUAGGCUCUUGACAUUAAUGGGGUCUUGGAGCAGGGGCAGAAGUGGUAAAUGGCCAGUGCUGUAUUUCUUGCAAUUGCAAAAAGGGCAGCCGGUCUGAUGGAGAUGGAACUGGCUUUACUGUUCCACAGUAGUCUAGGUCACUGAAAUGAAUGUGUUUGUAGUGGAGGGAGGGAUUACUUUCUGUUCUUUACUUAUUAUUAAGAUGAGCCCAGGCAGAAAUACACUGUGCUUUGGCGUCGCUCCCUUUUUCUUUAAAAGGAAAGCACAAGUAGCUUCAACUCGGCACCCGCCUCAACCACUCUGAAGGGGGAAUUUUUUUUAUCAGUGCAUACUAUAUAACCAAAAGUGUAUUGCAUAACCACUGUGAAUUAUAUAACGGUAUACAUUGCAUUGUUCAACAACAAAGAGGCUCGACCAGCCCCGACCCGGGGGCCGAUCGCCGGUGCGGGGGAGCUGACAUCCACCGAUGCAGGAGCUGAUCAUCCUGAUGUGGAGGGCCAAAACACCGGCGACUGCGGGUCAAGAUUGUCCCGUCAACGGAGGGCUCGAGGCCCCAGACCGCGGGAGAGGUGAGGGAAAAGAUUUGAACUUUUUUUCCCGCCUUCCAUCACAGUGAGGAAUGAGGAGUCACUGGUGGAUGUUUAUGUUAAAAUGUAUUUUGUGUUCCGUUGCUUUUUAUUUGUAUGACUGACUUGGCAAAUGAAAUUCCUUGCAUGUUGCAAAACAUACUUGGCUAAUAAAGUAUUAUUGUGAUUGAUACACAAGGAUGUUAGCUCACACAGUGGGAUGGAUAGCCUCAUAUCCCAUGGAUUUUGGUAUAUUUUUCCAGCACAUUAGUUUGUACUAAAAUUAAGAGCAAAUAUUAAGCUUGAGGAUUUAAUUGACAAGGCCAGUUACUUGAUUGUCUAGAGAGAUAUCAGACACUAGGGUUGAUGAGAUAAAUGCCAACAAGUUUUUUUUAAUCUCUGCAUUAAUGGUGCAAAGUCAAUUUUAAAAAAGGAACAAAUUCUACAGAUUUUACAGUAAUGUGAUGAACAUUAUUUUUAAAUUAGAAUCCUUGUAUAUCCGUAUCAAUUGUAAAUGUGCAGUUUUAUCAUACCCGUUACAAACUGCAGAGAAGCAGAAUUCAUUCAGAAUAGGCUGUGCUGUGGUGCAUAGAUAUUCCUGAUUAGAAAACAGCAGCAGAUAUAGCUCACUCCAUCAUGAACUUGAAAGCAAAUGUUUAAUCUUUGAUAGUCUCCCUCAAAAUUCAAAAGUGAGAGUUUCAAUUGAAAAGCCUACGUCUUCUAUAAAACAAGCUGUGGAGCAACCAAGAGAAAUAUCCACUUAGGCUCCUAACCAGCAAUGUGAACUGUAUGGAGGUCAUAGAAACAUAGAAAAUAGGUGCAGGAGUAGGCCAUUCGGCCCUUUGAGCCUGCACCGCCAUUCAAUAUGAUCAAAGGUCAUUGAACUCUACUGAGCAGAAUCAUCUACAAUAAUUAAGAGUAUUUAACUGUUUAAAAAAAAAUCCAGAAUUUUGUCAAAAAUAACUGACUCAAAUUUCAUAAUUUUUCCAAUGCAAGUUGUUGCUGAUAACAAUUGCAGUUGUUCUAAAUACAACCUUUCUCCCCCCCAUAUUUGAGAAAUACUGUGUGGUUUAACUUAGAAAAUAACAAUUAACCUUUCCAUUGCACACCAUUUGACACCUUACUCUUUAACAUCAAAGGGUCCUAAAUAUAGCAAUUAAUUCAAGCAGAAUACAAACAGUCAUAUCUACCAUCAAGAAAACUCAAUGUCAGCUGCCUGAUGGAGUAACCAUUUUGCUAUUCAUAACUGCAUCUCAAAACUAAUCGUGGCUGCAAAUGUUACAAUUAAAGUUAAGCUGUUUUGUGUAUCACCAUAACUGAAUGGUCAACUCCUGCUGCAUUUAUUGGACUGCAUAAAGCCACCAACAAUAUCACCCAAAGCUAAACAUUUUCAAAUAAGACUGAUCAGAAGAGAUAUGUACAGAAGUUUGAAAGAGAAAACACAACCACGCUGCACUUUAAAGUUUGGAUACAAGUCAACUAAAUUUAGCUAAGCUUUAUGUGGAGCCAUCUUACACAGUAGUCAAAGGGAUCAGUGAAUGGCACAGGAUAACUUUAAACAAAUUGGAAAAAGAUUGUACACCAAUACAUUUUUAUCUCUGUAUCUGUGUUUGCAACAGUCACCCCAAACUCCUUAUUUUCAGCCAAAGAUUUUGAAUAUUCUUUAUCCAAUCUCACCUCAAGUUCAUUUAGAAGCUGUUCUGUUGUCUGUAGAUGAACUUUUAGAUUUUCUGCAAAGGAGGACAUUCAUAAGUCUAUGAAGAUACAACCACCUGAAAUAGGACAAUUAAGGGAAUAACUGUUAAGAAACACGUUAUCCACCAACUUGGGUCAUAACCCAAGAUUCCAAUUCUAGUUUUAGGUAAAUGAAUAAAUUGCUGGUUUUAUCCUGCUGCGGUGAGGUAGUUUCUGAACCUUGAUCGGUUUAUCUUGCAAGUUUUGUCAUCAAUCUCUGAACAAAUUUGGUAUCUGAAGCACUGAAGUUCUCAAGUGAAUUAUGACUGUUAAUUGGACAGGUCUUACUGAUAGCAGAGAGAAAGUAUUGCAAUGAAACUUCAUAAACAGUAAAUAAAUGUAAUUAUGUAAAAUGUAUAGUAUGCACAUACACUAAAAAGAUCCUUUACAUUUGCCUUGCCCUUGAAUAAACAGCUGGGUCAGUUGCACAAGCCCAUAAUCCACGUGUAAUUUACUGUUGUGUUUUUGUCUUCUCUUAGUUGUAAAUAUGUAUGUCGUCAUUUGGAAAAUGACUUACUCAAAUGUCAUUUCAACAUCUUCCUUGUUUGAAAGGAAUUUUACAGUAUUACUGCACAGAUUCAUCUGUGGGCUGCUUGUAAAUUCUGUAAAUAAAAAAAAUCAU